UUAGUAAAAAGGCUAUCACAUCACAGCUUCCAAAGUUCCUCCCUCGUAAACUUGUAUUUUCUCUCUCAUCAAGUUUGUCCGCAGUAUCCUUUGCACACAACAAUGGCGAUGUAUCUCGCUAAUCGUCGGCUCACAACCGGAUCGUCGGCUGCACUGCGUUGUGCGUGGUUCAGAUUUUACUCCUCCUCGUUUCGCGAGGAACGCGACACUUUCGGCCCUAUCCAUGUCCCCUCUGACAAGUUGUGGGGAGCUCAAACUCAGAGAUCCCUACAGAAUUUUGAAAUUGGUGGGGAGCGUGAACGUAUGCCUGAGCCUAUCGUUCGAGCAUUUGGAAUUUUAAAGAAAUGUGCUGCCAAGGUGAAUAUGGAAUACGGCCUUGACCCAACAAUAGGAAAUGCAGUAAUGCAGGCUGCUCAAGAAGUGGCUGAGGGGAAACUAAAUGACCAUUUCCCUCUUGUAGUAUGGCAAACCGGUAGUGGCACACAGAGCAACAUGAAUGCCAAUGAGGUUAUUGCGAAUAGGGCAGCUGAGAUCCUUGGACAUAAGCGUGGUGGAAAGUUUGUGCAUCCAAAUGACCAUGUAAAUAGGUCCCAGUCUUCUAAUGACACAUUCCCAACUGUGAUGCACAUUGCAGCAGCUAUGGAAAUAAAUUCACGAUUUCUACCAAAGUUGAAGAAUUUACAUUCUUCACUUCAUGCUAAAUCUGUUGAAUUUAAAGAUAUAAUUAAGAUUGGACGUACACAUACGCAAGAUGCUACACCUUUGACACUUGGUCAAGAGUUCAGCGGCUAUUCUACACAAGUCAAGUAUGGAAUUGACAGAGUUGUAUGCUCCCUGCCUCGAAUGUAUCAGCUUGCACAAGGAGGCACUGCUGUAGGGACUGGAUUAAACACAAAGAAAGGGUUUGAUGUCAAGAUUGCUGAAGCAGUUGCUGAAGAGACUAACUUACCUUUUGUAACUGCUGAAAACAAAUUUGAAGCAUUGGCUGCACAUGAUGCUUUUGUUGAAACAAGUGGUGCUCUGAAUACUGUGGCUGCUUCUUUAAUGAAGAUUGCCAAUGAUAUACGAUUUUUAGGAAGUGGUCCACGAUGUGGUCUUGGUGAACUCACUCUUCCAGAAAAUGAACCAGGGAGCAGUAUCAUGCCUGGGAAGGUUAAUCCCACACAGUGCGAGGCUUUGACUAUGGUCUGUGCUCAGGUAAUGGGAAACAAUGUAGCAGUUACUGUUGGAGGCUCAAAUGGUCACUUUGAGCUAAAUGUUUACAAGCCCCUCAUGGCAAAUGCUCUCCUACAUUCAUUGAGAUUACUGGCGGAUGCAUCUGCUUCUUUCGAAAAGAAUUGCGUUAGGGGAAUUGAAGCCAACAGGGAGAGAAUUUCAAAGUUGCUAAAUGAGUCACUUAUGCUUGUGACAGCUUUAAACCCUAAAAUUGGUUAUGACAAUGCCGCUGCAGUUGCCAAGAAAGCGCACAAAGAAGGAACUACAUUGAAGGAUGCUGCAUUGAAGCUCGGAGUUCUUACAGAGGAAGAGUUUCACCAGUAUGUGUUGCCUGAGAAAAUGAUUGGUCCCUCUGAUUAGUAUUACUUGCUGAAGAUUAUGAUUGACUGAAGCUGAAACAGCUUCAUUUACCCCAUUUUUUUGUGUUCCGGCGCCAAUUUCGAGUUGGAUUAGGAAAUUAUAAUCCAACAACAAUAUUCAUUGUGCAUGUUACAUUAUUGAGGCUUUUAGCUUUCUUGCUGAGGUCUCUGGUUUAGUUGGUUUGUUAUAUUACGCAUAAAUUAGUGUUUUUUUUUAUAAGAAAGCCAUGAGGCACAAGUUAGUAUCGGAACUUUACAAUAAAGCGGAAAGCCUCUUCAUUUUUUAAAGCAAUAACAGUGAGAAAUACAUGAUGAUUUCUUUACCAAACAAAAACUAUUUUGUUAUAGUAGGAUAUGAAUUUCUUAUCCAUUUAUAA